CGUCAUCUUUGUCUCUGUGCGGUUGAUAAGCGUUGCUUGGAAAUCAAGGCCCGACUACGAUCACACAACUUGUCGCCUCUAUCAUUUGGAACUCCCAGAGAUAGUGAUAUACUUGAACAAAUUAUCACCCUCGCGUCCUGAGCUGUUUUUCAGAAAAUUCAUCUCUGAUUAAGCGAGAAAUCGACUUGCGACAGAACUUUCACAUACCCCGCCUGCGAUAAAAACUUCGCUCCCCACUUACAUUUUUCCCACCAAGAGGCCGAACUCUCGACUUUAGACGAUAUCCGACGAAACGAUCUCACAAUGUCGACGACCACUCAGCAGGUCGGCGCUCCUGCUGCCAACCUUCCUUACACCUGUAACACCUGCCUAGUUGCUUUCCACCGCAGCGAAGCGCAGAGAGAUCAUAUGCGAAAGGACUGGCACUUGUAUAAUAUGAAGCGCCGUAUUGCCUCUCUCCCGCCAGUGUCCCUGGAAGUUUUCAACGAGAAGGUCCUUGCCGCCAAAGCGAACUCGACCGAAGCCGCCGCCAAGGCCUCUUUCGAAAGAACCUGCCACCCCUGCCAGAAGACUUUCUACAGCGAGAACUCCUACCAAAAUCACAUCAAGAGCUCUAAGCACAAGCAGCGCGAGCACCGCUUGAGGAAGGAGGGUGACGAUGCAUCAGUCCUGAGCUCUGCGUUCUCUAUGGGAGAACCAGUCAGCAAAUCGAACGAGAGUGAGGUCGCUAAGGUCACCGACGGUCUCAAGUCUGCUACCAUUCAAGAAGAGGAUGAGGAUGUAGAGAUGCAAAAUGAUAAGACUGAGUUCUCAGUCUCCCGGUGUCUCUUCUGUUUGGCCGAUUCCGCCGAUGCCCAGGCCAAUGUUGAGCACAUGUACAAGACUCAUGGAAUGUUUGUUCCCGAACAAACCUACCUCGUCGAUCUCGACGGCCUUCUCAAUUACCUCUACCGCAAGAUCACUGAGAACCACGAAUGUCUUUACUGCCAUGCCAUCCGCAACAACGCCGAAGGAGCUCGCACGCACAUGCGUGACAAGGGCCAUUGCAUGAUCGCCUUCGAAGCUGAGGAGGAGCAGAUCGAAAUUGGACAAUACUACGACUUCCGCAGCACCUAUUCUGACGGAGAAGAUGACGAGGAAGAUGAGGAUAUGGCUGAUGCCGGUGGCGUCAAGGUGAAGGGCUCCGACGGGGAUGAUGAUGGAUGGGAGACUGAUGCCUCCUCGGUGGACGAGGAUGAUGAGAUUGAAUCGCACCGUAAAGCACCCGCCAUCUACCAGGAUGAGUACGAACUCCAUCUGCCCUCUGGCAGGAGUGUCGGUCACCGCUCGCUCGCCAAGUAUUACCGCCAGAACCUGCACAAUUACCCCACCGCAGAAGAGAGACAUGAACGAAUUCUGGCUAUUGCGAACGGAGAAAUCGAAGAGGAAGAGAAGCCCCGCGGUCGCAACCAGAACCGCGCUCUCAUUUCUCGCGCCAAUGGUGGUACUGGUAUGAUCGGUGCCACCGACCACCAGAAGCAGACUGUUCUCACCACAGAGCGUCGUGAGCGGACUCGUGCCCUUCGGUCCGAGAACCGUUACCUUGCUCGCCUCGAAAGAGCCAACAACUCCCAGAAGCACUUCCGUGAUCCCCUCCUCCAGUGAUUGUCGCAGCAUCUUUGCUCUUUCUUCAACGGCCAUUGCAGUCGCUCAUACCAUAGCUUCUCGACUUUACCUCUUGGUUUGCCCGAUAUAAGGUCUUGGUUCAGUCGCCUGGAUGCCAUUGCUAUCAUUCCCGCUUGAGGCAAUUGAAGCGGCUCAUGACCAUCUUAUUCAGUGGUUGGUCGGUGCAUCUAUUUGCUUUGGUUAUAUCAUCGGGUUUUUUUUGACUUCGAUUGAUAUAUCAUCAAGAAGGCUCUCGUCCCUCGUGUCAAAACAGUGCGCAUCGUGGUUGAACAUGCUCAACCGGUGUGGUUUCUAUCGAGGCGUCACGACCUAUUCUCUAGACCGUCUAUCUGACGGCGGACAAUUUAUGCAGUUUACGUUGAUGAUCGAAUACUUUUCUCAUGUUGUCUACAGUUUCUGCAUAACCGGGGCGCAAUUAUCAUUUUCGAUUUGGUUAUUAACGAGGUUACCCGGAAAAGCAUGCAUCUACUCUGAUAUUCCAAUUCGAGUCCUUUUUUAAUCUCCAAGACGUUCUUUUUC